AUGGCGAAAUUCUUUGGUGUCAAUCUAUUUAAAAAAUCCUCUGGUCAUUCUGCUGACACUUCUUUAAUGAAAAAGGAUUCAGGUAGCUCGGACGUAAGCGAGAGUACAAAAAACAUAACCAACGCUUCGCCGGUGAUGUGGGAUGCUAUUUGCGACUUAAAUAGCUCCAGUGAUCUUGAUGAUACAGCGGACUUUUUUUACUCACGCUCAGGAAUAUUUUCAUCGCAGUGUGAUAAACCAAGUUCCCCCACGCAAAUCGCUCUUGAAAAGGCGCAAAAAUCAGUUACGAACUCAGGUACAAAUAAAUGGAAGACAAAUUUUUUGGUUCCUGAGAGUUCCUUACGACUCCCUCGAGUGGCGGAACCCAUUCCCAUUUCGCCAUCACUAUCCCGAUUUCAAUCAAAGUCUCAAGCAUCUCCAUCGAUGGGUUUCCUACAUUCAUCGAAGUUAUGCCAAUCUCCUGCUUUUAAGUCAAAUUCAAAUACUUUAGAUCUUGCAAUUGCAGAGCGAGACACAUCAUCUGACAGGGUGAAUAUUAAUUCUCCCAAAGCUAUCCAAGUCAACGCAGAUAUUGAAAAAAGGGAACUUAGUUUUGCUGAGCCAGGAACAAGUCUUGAUUUGUCAACCUUUGAUCUUGACCAAACUAAUGACGAGGAACAACAGGAUGCCAACUAUCAACAUCACCCGAAGGAGGAUAAGGCUAAUGUACAGCGAUCACCUGCUUAUGAAGCUGAACAUUAUAAAGAAGUUGAGAUUAGUAAUUCCUCUGGAUGUGACAAGUUGGCGAUCUUGCAUAUGAAACUGAAGAACGAAGCUAUAAAAUUAGAGAAUUGGAAGAAUGAAAUGAUAUCCAAGCUUAAUAAAAAUGAAGAGAAAUUGGCGGAAGCCAACACUUUGGUGGCCAGUCUGCGAAAGUCAAAUUUAGAAUUACAAAUGGAUAGAGAGAACGCCAGUCUUAAAGUGAAGGAUGAAGUUGAAAAACGAGAGGCAGUCGAAAAAAAGUAG